ACCACCAUAUGAUAGUUCAGAAAAUUUCAACAUAUAUCUAGAAAAUAGGAUAAUUUUCAUUCAUUUCCACUUAAACUUCAAGUUGGUGAAAACGUGAACAGUUUACGAGUCGUACUGUUUGUAGGUUGUUAAAUGAAUUUUUUUUAUAUAAAAUUGGAAAAACGAAAAUUUGGAUAUGAACGAUUUUUCAAAGUCUCAGCUUAUGAAAUAUGGUUGGAGAGAAGGUAAAGGUUUAGGCAAACAUGAAAAUGGUAUUACAGAAGCUUUAAAACCAAAAUUAAAAUUUGAUACUGCAGGACUAGGGCAUAAAAAUAAAGAAUGGGAUAAUUGGUGGGAACAUGCUUUUGAUAAAGCAGCUAAUAAUAUCAAAGUUGUAUCAAAAACUAAUAAAGUUACUAUAUUUGUUUCAAAAGAAAAUGCAACUAAUGAUCUUAAAGAAGAUUUAACUGAAAAAGAAUCUAAAUAUGGAAAUUUUCUUAGAUCUUGUACGUUAUUUAAUGGUAAUGUAUUAAUAAAAGAUAGUUCCAAUACAUGUAAAGAACAAGAUACUGAAAAAAAUAUCAAUGAUGUUCCUUUAAUGGAUGAAGAGUUAUUUAAAAUAUGUAAUGGUAGAACUAAUGGUAGAAUUGCCCAGCAAGACAAAUAUUUAUUAAGCACAGAUUCAUGUACAAACAUAUCAACAAAAUUACAAAACAAUAACACCAUAUUGCAUAAUAAUGAAUAUGAAGAGAUUAAUGAUGAAAACAUAAUAGUGACUUUACCUGAAAAUGAAAUACGAAACUUUUACGAUGAAUACGAAUAUGUUACAAAAAAUUAUAGAAAGCGUAUAAGUUAUUUGAGUGAUCAAUUAAAUGUUGUAUGUAAUAUAAGUGAUAGUAAUGAAACAAAUAUACAUACCAUAUCGAAGAAAAGAUUAGAACAGGAGAAUAAACAAAAAAAUAAAAAGAAAAGAAAGAGGGAAAAGGGAAGUUCAAUGUCCUAUGAUACUGAAAGUUUUGAAAAAGAUAAAAUAGAUAAUAUAUCAAAUUAUUCAACAGUUCCUCCAAGUAAAAGCACAAGCAAAAAAGUAAUUAAAAAAAAUGUUCAAAAUCAAGCUAAUGAUCAUACUGAAAACAAACAUAUAGAUAUAAAAAAGAAGAAGAGGAGGAAGAAGAAAUUUAAAAAGGAAAAAAAUGAGAUUAAUCAACAUGAGAAUAUCACUAAUACAUGGGAAGAUGAUGAUCCGAAUAAUUCUCAAGCAAAGAAAUUUAAAAGAUCGCAUAAAACUGAUUUAGAUUUACAUUUGAUUAAGAACGAAGAUAUUAAAACAGAAGAUAAAUUUCAAGCAGAAUUUUCUGGUAAUGAAGUACCUAUAAAGUCGAAUAAUGUUACAUGGACUCCAGUCUAUGCAGUCAAGUCAGUUUACAAACCAAAUACAGAUUUGAAAAAGAAGGUAGAUUAUUUAAAUGCUAAGAUAAAGAAAAAAAAACUGUCAAAGUUACGUAGGAAAGAAAAAAUUGAAUUAGACAAAAUAACAAAAAGUUUAAAAGCUGUACAUCUUAAUACUGAAGAAUCUAUUAAAGAAAAAAACAUUAAAAAUGAAUUAAAGGCAAUAACACAGAAUAUAAUGAACGUAACAUUAGAUAAAACUGAGUCUUUGAAAAAGAAAAAAAGAAAAACAAAAAAAAAAGAAAAAUUAAAUUCUUAA